GCCCCCCUCUGAGUCCCUUCGCCCUCCACCCCCAAUUGACUCUCCUCUCCAUCCUCUCGCUCGCAUCUCCCCCACCCCGCAGAGAUGGCCUCCUCCUCUCCCUCCGUCGCGAGGCUAAUCGCCUCCCGCCGUCCUACGCCUUCCUCCAUCCUGACCUCGUCCUUCCGUCCCUUGGCCUCAACCGCAAACUUCUCCUCCUCGGUGUGCCGGGCGGCCACUCCUGCCGGCCCCCCUCAACCGGGCUUCCGUUUGCCGCCGCCUCAGAAAUGGGACCAGGGCGCCGAGUCGUCGCUCGACAAGGCCUCCAAGUAUUUCCUCAUGGCUGAGAUUUUCCGCGGCAUGUACGUCGUGCUGGAGCAGUUCUUCAGACCGCCUUACACGAUCUUCUACCCCUUCGAGAAGGGUCCCAUCUCGCCCCGUUUCCGUGGCGAGCACGCUCUGCGACGUUACCCUACCGGUGAGGAGCGCUGCAUCGCCUGCAAGCUCUGCGAGGCCAUCUGCCCGGCCCAGGCCAUCACCAUCGAAGCCGAGGAGCGUGAGGACGGCAGCCGUCGGACGACCCGUUAUGAUAUCGACAUGACCAAGUGCAUCUACUGUGGCUACUGCCAGGAGAGCUGCCCCGUCGACGCCAUUGUCGAGACUUCCAACGCUGAAUACGCCACCGAGACCCGUGAGGAAUUGCUGUACAACAAGGAGAAGCUCCUCGCCAACGGUGACAAGUGGGAGCCUGAGAUUGCCGCGGCUGCCAGAGCCGACGCUCCCUACCGAUAAAAUGCCGUAUCGAAAAUCGAAAGCGGCUCUGGUCGUCGCACCAAGGGCACUUCUUUAUUAGACUUCUGUAAUAACAGUGCCAACCCAUAUCUGUGCAGUCCCGAUGCAUGUCUUUUGUUUCAUGGGAUUGUUAGAAAGUCGAGAGAGGGAAAGGAAUACUUUUCUCCAUAUAAAAGAUAUCUGAGGGUUUUGUUCUUUUUUUUUCCUUUGCUGUGGUCGAAAUUUUCCGUCUUCCCACUUUCGUGUAUGUACAUAACUAACGCUUAGCCUGCCUCAUUACCACAUGUACUUGUCGAGUUUCCAUGGGAGCCUUUCUUAUACGGCCCCGGGGCUCUGAUUUGUCUGACUGUUUUCCUUUUUUUUAUUGUUCUUAUGUUGGAGGGAAUCCUUCAGGGUUUUGUUCAUUUCUGUCUUGUUAGGGAAUAAACUUGAGAAUCAAUUUCUUUUGUGUCUGGC